UUAUCGUACCUUACGUUUCUCUUCUCUGUUAAUAUAGUCUCAUAAAGUAUUUGAAAACAUCGGCAACAUUUAUCAUGGCAUUAGCCACCAAGGCAGACAUUCGGCUUCACUUAUUAUGUAUCUUCUUUGCUCUGGGCUCAUUCACAUGGGGCUAUAAUGUCGGCAUUCUCUCCUCGGUCCUCGUCCAUCCCGGCUUCAUCCAAACAAUGGGCCACCUCACUCCUUCAAGAAAGGGGGUGAUCACUGCUAUUUACUACUUAGGGACAUGGCUAAGCUACGUCUUCAUCUCACAUGCUACCAGCGAUCGCUUCGGCCGGCGGUAUGCGGCUUUGGCGGGCGUAUUGACUGUGGCCGUCGGUAAUGCCUUUGAGUGUGGCGCGACGGGGUCAGGGGCCUAUGCCAUGAUGAUCGUCGGCCGCGUCAUAUCGGGUGUAGGCGUGGGCAUGCUAUCGACUUCGGUGCCCCUUUAUCAGAGCGAGGUUUCACCUGCAGGGAAACGCGGGAAAUACGUCGUCCUGAACCACGUUGGCUUUGUGGCCGGUCUAGCGUGCGGCUUUUGGGUCGGCUACGCUGUAACCUUUUGGAACUCAUCAGACUACGCUAUAUACGUUUCAUGGCGAGUCUCCCUUGCUGUCGUAUUGGUUCCCUGCUUCAUCUUUGGAAUCGGCCUCCCAUUUAUCCCCGAGACCCCCCGCUGGCUAAUCGAGCACUCCCACCACGACGCAGCUCGAAAGUCACUCUCCUGGCUCCGCGAAGGCUCGUUCAGCUCCGACGAGAUCGAAAGCGAACUCGCCAGUAUCCGGGAGGACGUAGACGCGCACCGGGCCGCAUUCCCCUCUUCGUCGUGGCUUUCCCUAUUCACAGACCGCAGCCUAUUCAAGCGUCUGUGGCGAGCGUCUCUGCUGCAGUUCAUGGCGCAGAUGUGCGGCGCCACGGCGAUGAAGUACUACCUCCCCACGCUGUUUGCACGUCUGGGGCUGCCGACGCGCGUCACGCUUAUGGCGGGGGGCAUCGAGUCUACGUUGAAGAUUGGCAUGACAGUUAUUGAGAUGCUACUUAUUGAUCGGCUGGGGCGGAGAGUCACGUUGACGGCGGGUUGUGUUGCAAUGGGGUUUGGGAUGCUCAUUAAUGGGGCGCUGGGUCAAGUGUAUCCGGACAACACAGAUAAGGGUGCAGACGUUGUAUGUAUUGUGUUCAUCUUUAUCUACGCGCUGGGAUACAGUAUGGGCUUUGGUCCAUCGGCUUGGGUAUACGGAUCCGAGAUCUUCCCUACCUCAGUCCGCGCACGUGGCCUCAACUUAUCCGCCUCUGCUGGAGCCAUUGGAUCCAUCGUCGUGGCCCAAGUUUGGCCUGUGGGUAUCGACACAAUUGGUUCCAACAUCUACUUUUUCUUUAUGGCGGUCAACUUUAUCUGCAUCCCCAUUAUUGUCGUCUUCUAUCCUGAGACCAAAGGCCGGGCGCUAGAGGAUAUGGACUUGCUCUUUAACAAGGCUGCUGGCGGGGAGGUUGAGGAGGUUGAUGAGCAAACCGAGCCUGUCCUCCCCAAGAGUGUUGGCCGUCCAUCGCAAAGCUAA